AUGGAUUGUCGUUCCAGAGAAAAACUACGAGAGUACUUUCUUCGUCUUCUGGUGAACGAAUUCACAGUGUCUCUACUCACUCGCAUUCUGGAAGGUCUCAUCCAUGGCGAUCCCCAAAUCAAUGAGCAGUGGAGCUUGGCACGUGGUGUUCGUUUCCCACUACUGCAGCUGGCUUGCCAGUGGAAGAUGCUCUGGUACAACUACAAUUGGCUCGCUCAAGAUGAAAUGGUAGACAUGAUCAUCAAGGCAGGAGCAAACGUGAAUCAGACAAUCCACAACGGCACUAAUGCCUUGUUUUUUGCGGUCAAAUAUGGAACAGUACAGACAGUCAACCUGUUGCUGGAGGCUGGUUGCAACUUUUGCCAGCUGGACGAAUUGGGUAGGACUUGCUGGUACAAUGCCACGGAACAUCCGUCUCCACCCAUUCUACGCCGACUAUUGGACGUUCUGUCCCCAACCGAAAUGAUGAGUGUACACGAUACACCCGGUGGCGCGGUACAGUACCGACAGACUCUUGUGGAUCGGAUGCUACAUCUACUCGUUGCUAAGCCUUACCCAGUCUCUUGGGUCAUCUUGGGUCCCCCAACUGCAUCGGACAUGUGCGAAUCCUUGAUUCUUUUGCGCCAGGAGGGAUUCUGGGCUAUGUUUGUCGGCCCGAUUUCCCGUUUCACAAACAAACCCAACGAACCAGAGCUGUUCCGACAAGUCGCCAAAUGCUUGGUUGGAGCUUGGUUGCCCAGUACUACUAAAUGCAACAAGAAUACUGCAAACGCCAAUGAUAGGGCUGACGGUCGCGACAAAGAACAAGAUGACGACGACAACGACGACGAAGGAGAAGUUUUCUAUGAUGCAAUAGAGCCGCCCAAUGAUUGCCCUUUGUGUCACAAGUUGCCCAGGAAACCAACGAGACUAUAUUGUGGACACACAUUCUGCCGAAAGUGCAUCCUAAAUCACAAUGGCAAUUACUGCCUCACUUGUGGUAAGCUGUUGUGCCGUGAACUACUUAUAGUGGGACAGCCAGCAACACCCGACAUUCGCACUUCCAAAGAUGGGCUGGACCGUAUCAUGGGGGUAAACACAACAACAAAUGGCAUGACGGGUCCACAAUGCCUCACAGACGAACAAAUCAAGGCGGAGGCAGAUUUUCGAGGCAUUACUUCCGCCAAUGAUACAGAUUCUCAAAGAAGAAUGAUGGCGGAAGAAUUCCACAAAAGAGGUUCCAAUCCAAUAGAGCGUGAGGUUCAAUUCAAAUCAGAUGAACACAAGGUCAAGGCUACCGUAGCCCCCUCUGUGGAUCUGGCUGCAACCGUCACCUUGUUCAGUGAGCAACAUCUGCGAAUGGUCCCGACCAAAGGACCUGUUUACAUGGACGUGAUGGUAAAAGGGAUCCCGCUGCUGGCACGCAUUUCGAAUUGGAGCAUCUACACUCUUGUUUCGCCAUCCGUCGUGAAUCAAUUGGGAUUGCGACGCAUGGAAAGCCUCCAAUCUCAAAAAUUUGUCGACGUUUGUACAGUCAAGAAGGUACGGGGUGUCACGUUUACAUGCAUCGAGCCAUUUUCCGUAAGGGUAGGCGGUAUCGAUGUCAUACUCAACAAUGCCGUGGAAGUUUCACUUGACAAGACUCAAAUGGUUGGACUGCAGCUUGGUCAAGAUUUCCUAAUGUCGGCUUCGUGGGCACCCAUUGACGUUUUCGUGGGUGACAAAACGAAGAGUGCCAGCAAUGUUGUGACGAUGCGAGUCAAUGUAGAGGUAGCUUGGUGCGUUGGCAAAGAAACGAGCUCAUGGCUUGAUUGGUUUGGGUCUUCAAAGAAAGAAGAACCAAAGGAAAUGCUGAGGUAUUACUCACGAGAUGGCAAGGUAGCGCACUUGCCAUUGCUUCAUUUUCAGCCUUUUGAUGAUGGCUGGUUCUUUGGUGUCUCGUUGAAAGAGACCGUAAAGUUUGAGGAGUGCAACUGGUGCCGCCGAUGUUUUCCAGAAGGAAUGCUGUCCUGUGAACUUUGUCUGGAUGUGGACAAGGAGACAACGUACUGCGGUCAUCAAUGUCAACGCGAGGCAUGGGGAAUCCACAAAAAGCUGGUUCAUCCAGAGGAAACGGUGGUGGCGGAGGAUGCAAAAGUAGUGGAGAAGGAAGGGGAAGAAUUGGAGCAAGAGGUAGCUGAGAUGGAAGAAGUUGAUUAG